AUGCACAUUGUAUUUCAUCUUCUUCUGAUUAUUGCUUUGCUCGGCAUCGUUGUUCAUGCCCAGGGUGCUCGUGGCGGUGGUGGAACUCGUAGUGGUAGUAGUAGUAGUAGUCGCUAUCGAAGUAGUAUUCGUAAUGAAAGUAGAUGCCAAGGUGCAAGUUGUCAACGUACAGGAAUCAUUGCAGGCAGUGUAAUAGGUAGUGUACUUGCUCUAAUCGCAAUUAUCUUUUUGAUUAUUUACUGUUAUCGUAAAUAUCGAAGUCGACCCUCACAAUCGAAUCUCGCUUUUGUCAGUCAAAACUCUACAAAUGAACAAAAUCGAACUUAUCAAACUUAUGAAGAAAAUUGUUUCAAGAAUGGAAUCUGGAGAGGUCGAUAUUAUCAGUAUGGUCGAUGGCAUGAACCGCAUAAAAUAAUAUUGUCAUUUGAUCGUAAAUCAGAUCGAGUAUUUGGUCAUGGAUAUGAUGAUGUCGGAAAGUUUACCAUUGACGGAACAUUUUCCAUGGAAACUCAACGAAUUGUAAUAACCAAAGUCUAUGAAUCAGGCACUGGUGAUUCUCAAGAAAAUUUUGGACAUACAGUAACUCUACAAUUAACAUGGAAUUCAAGUCACGCUCAAUUUGAAGGCAAAUGGUCCGUUGAAACCGGUCGUUAUCGUGGUUCAGACAAAUUCGAACUGAAACUCGAAGAUUCGUCGGAAGGACUUCACGAAAAAACGGUCGAUUGA